CUGCACUACGGGACCCUGCUGGGCAGCAGAGCUUGUGCCACCAUGGCAGCAGCUGCCUGGGGCACUGGGGUCCUUAAUUCCCUGCUGCACACUGCCAAUACAUUUUCCCUGCCUCUCUGCCAAGGCAAUGCUGUGGAUCAGUUCUUCUGUGAAAUCCCCCACAUCCUUAAGCUCUCCUGCUCACAGUCCUAUCUCAAGGAAAUUGGGCUUAUUGCGCUUAGUGUCCUUGUGUUUUUUGGGAGUUUUGUCUUCAUUGUAGUGUCCUAUGUGCAGAUCUUCAGGGCCGUGCUGAGGAUGCCCUCUGAGCAGGGGCGGCACAAAGCCUUCUCCACGUGCCUCCCUCACCUGGCUGUGCUCUCCCUCUUUGUCUGCACUGCCACAUUUGCCUACCUGAAGCCCCCAUCACUUUCCUCCCCAUCCCUGGACCUGGUGGUGGCAGUGUUAUACACGGUGGUACCUCCAGUCAUGAACCCCAUCAUCUACAGCAUGAGGAACCAGGAGAUCAAGCAAGCUCUCCGUACACUGUUUGGACAUAUAUUGCUUCAGCAUCAGUAA